AGAAGAUCAAGAUCAAGAGCAGGAGCGGGAGAGUGUAAACACAGACACGAGGCAAAGUCUGUCUGUCUCCCCGACCUUCAGGAGAAGACCAAGGAGAAGGAGAAGAAAUCACCAAAUGACUGGCCCUUUCACUUGGCAGCGUCAACUCACCAUUCACCCGCUGACCCCCAAUGACAGACUUCCGGGAGACUGGAAGGUUAGCAGAGCACACGUGUGGCAACCAAAGAGCAGCUGUUAAGUAGCAGACGAGACAUAGAAAGGUAGUGGUGUCCACCAUGCUGGGAGGAGGACAGCGCUAAGUGACGGCACCCGACUCUGUGUGUGUGUGUGUGUCCUGACGUCCACCGCUGGUGCUGGUGCUGAAGUGAGGGUCUGAGACACUUGCUGUGCUCAGCACUCACUGUCCUUGCUCCUUGGUGCAUCCUUCCCUUCACCUGCUUGCUUGGUCCCUGAGUAGCGGUGAGGAAGACUUGCUGCCCCCUCGGCUGCAAGGCCGGGCAGCAGCCUGAGUGGCCAGGAGCAGCAGAGCAGACUGCCACUGGUGUGAGGAUCAGGGGCGAUCAGAAGAACCACCACCACCACCACCACCCUGCUGCUGCUGCUGCCUUCUCCAGCCAUAAGGAAAGGGAAAGUUUGAGUGGAAGGACUGUGAGGCAGUUUGGGACUGAGAGCAAGUUCAUCAGACACAGCCUUGCACACACUGCUGAGGGAAAGCAUGAGUGCCAGGAGUUUGAGGAAAGACUCCCUGGGAAGGGUGACCUCGACAAAAGCACCCACGCACUCGGGUGAAAGAAAUCAUGAAUCUCAAGGUUGUAGGAAAAGAUUGGGUGGGAAGGAUCACCUCAACACACACACCCUUACACACACUAGAGGAAAAAAACAUGGUUGUGAAGUUUGUGGGAAAAGUUUCCAUCUGAAGGGUAACCUCAAGAGACACAUCCUUACACACACUGGUGAAAGAAAACAUAAAUGUGAAGUUUGUGGGAAAAGCUUCACUCAGAAGGUUCACCUCCAGACACACACCCUUACACACACUGGUGAAAGAAAACAUAAAUGUGAAGUUUAUGGGAAAAGCUUCACUCAGAAGGGUGACCUCAAGAAACACAUCCUUACACACACUGGUGAAAGGAACCAUAAAUGUGAAGUUUGUGGGAAAAGCUUCACUCAGAAGGGUGACCUCAAGAAACACACCCUUACACACACUGGUGAAAGAAACCAUAAAUGUGAAGUUUGUGGGAAAAGAUUUAAUCGGAAGGAUAGCCUCCAGACACACACCCUUACACACACUGGUGAAAGGAACCAUAAAUGUGAAGUUUGUGGGAAAAGAUUUAAUCGGAAGGAUAGCCUCCAGACACACACCCUUACACACACUGGUGAAAAAAACCAUGAGUGUGAAGUUUGUGGGAAAAGAUUUAAUCGGAAGGAUAGCCUCCAGACACACACCCUUACACACACUGGUGAAAGGAACCAUAAAUGUGAAGUUUGUGGGAAAAGCUUCACUCAGAAGGGUGACCUCAAGAAACACACCCUUACACACACUGGUGAAAAAAACCAUGAGUGUGAAGUUUGUGGGAAAAGAUUUAAUCGGAAGGAUAACCUCCAGACACACACCCUUACACACACUGGUGAAAAAAACCAUGAGUGUGAAGUUUGUGGGAAAAGAUUCCUUGUGAAGUCAUGGCUGAAGAGACAUGGCAUAAGACACUGUGGCCACAAAGGGUUCCAGUGUGAUGCUUGUGGCAAGCGAUUUAUGACAAGAGGUGAGAUUGCGAGACACGUGAAGAUUCACCUCUGAGGUGUUGUGUUGUGCUGCUGUGUGUGGGAGAGAUCAGGUGCUGGAUGGGGCGUUGUCUUGCAUGGAGAACAGAACACAUGGCCCAGAUAGGGAAUCAAAGGCAGGUUGCAGAGUGUCUGCAAUUUUGAAAAUUUAAGAAGAAAGUGUGUGUGUGUGUGUGUGUGUGUGUGUGUGUGUGUGUGUGUGUGUGUGUGUGUGUGUGUGUGUAUUUACCUAGUUGUAAUUUUACAGGGCCUGGGCUUACGCUCGUGUGGUCCCAUCUCCGUAUCUAUAAUUAUCCAACUUUUCCUUAAAGGUUUGCACACUCUUCGCCGAUACUAUUUCUUCACUUCCUGUUGAUUUCAAAGGCUGUGAGUUUUCGUUUUUUGGGAAUAACUUUGUGGGGAGGCGGUGGCUGAGUCGUCAAAGUAACGGCCUCGUGUUCAGGAGGACGCGAGUUCAAUCCCCGCCCGGUGCCACCAAGCUGGGAUUUUUCAGCCGCCGCCGAGUGGCUUAAAACUACCCACAUGCUGUCCAGAAGACCACCUAUCAACCCGGACUCUAGAUUCUAGGAUCAAAAAUGAGCUCUGGGAGGGCAGCACGAGCCAAUGCAAGAUUGUGCCACUAUAAACACUCGCCUGUGCCAGAACGGGCUGGGCCGACCAUCAGGACCCACCGGAAUGAAGCCUUGGACCGACCAUCAGGAUCCACCGGGAAGAAGCCUACCGGCGCAAUAGGCAGCAAUGUAAAAAAAAAAAAAAAAAAAAAAAACCCACUCGUAUCAGCACA